GGUUAAAGGUUGACAGUGAUUAUGUGAAAAAGAGACAGCGACAGACGCAGUCAAAGAGAGAUUGUUGACAGGGGAGAAAGUGGGACUGUUCUCUGUUCAUCAUGGAUUUCUCAGCUGGGUUUCUGAUCCUGUGGUCUCUGAUAUGUUCAGCGGCUGGUCAGGCUCCUGUCGUCUCAGUGGUGCCCCAGGCUCAUACUGUGCGCCAAGGGGAGUCUGCCAGCUUUAGAUGCCAGGUGGGGAGCGGUGCACAGCCAGUCCAACUGCAGUGGAAGAGAGCCAAUAACCAAGCAUUAGGAGACAAUGUUAAGACCGGUCCUGAUGGCUCUGUGCUGACGGUUGCCAACUCCCGACCUGAGAACCAGGGGCAGUACCGCUGCGUGGCGGUUAACUCUGCAGGCCGCAGCACCGCCACAGCUGUGUUCAACGUCAAAUAUGCUCCUAAAGUGCGCGUGACACCAACAGGGCCCCUGCGCGUCAGGAUGGGUGACCCUGUGUCAGUGGAGUGUCGGGCCACGGGCAGACCACGCCCCACGAUGACCUGGAAACGCCAAGGCUCCACCCUGCAGCUGGUUACCAAGGAGGCAAACGAUGUCAACACCAUACAGUGGGCUGCAGUGCAUCCAGAGGACUCAGGAGUUUAUAUUUGCCAGGCUGGAAACAAUGAGGGGGUGGCAGAGGUCAAAGUUGAGGUCAUUGUUGAGGGGGGGGCAGGAGCACCGGUGGCUUCAGUGGGCGCUACAGAAAUGACAGUUGUGGAGGGACAUACAAUCACAAUGGAGUGUCGGGCCAGUGGUUCCCCUCCUCCUCUCAUCGCCUGGUCCAAGCUGCGAGCACCGUUGCCAUGGAAACACACAGUGGUCGGUGGAGUAUUGACACUGACCAGCGUGGGGCGCCAAGAUUCAGGACAAUACAUCUGUAAUGCAACAAACAUACAUGGCUACAGUGAGGCGUACACGCAGAUGGAGGUGGAGAGUCCUCCGUACGCCACCAGCCUGCCUGACCAGGUGAAGCUCCAUCCCGGGGAUGCCCUGCGCGUGCAGUGCCUUGCCCACGGCUCUCACCCCAUUCGGUUCGAGUGGAGCCGGGGGGGCAGGGCGAGCCUGCGUCCAGGAGCAGAGACCACAAACGAUGGAUCGCUGUUCAUAGCGCACGCUAAACUGAGCGACAGCGGGACGUACAAGUGUGUGGCCACCAACCACAUUGGCUCCAGCGAGGCACUGGCCAGAGUCAUCGUAAAAACUUAAUCCAUUGGGGUCAUGUCUGAUUGACGAUGCAGUGCUUUCAACUUCUGCAAGCCGGGAUUGUUGCCAUCAAGACAGUCAAACAGCUAAUAAUGAGAACAAUUAUAUUUAAUAGAUUCAUAUAUUUUAACAUAUGAAAGUGAAAGAUAUCAAUGCUGCUUAAACUUUUGAUUUAAUUGUGCAUAUGGGGUUCAGUUUGUACUUUUAUAGAAAACAUAUACUGUUGCUCCUGGCUCAUAUUUCCUUUGCCAAAACUUUUCUCUGGAGGUCAGUGUGGAUUGACGUCCUACAGUACAUGUGUGGGAGUUUCUUCUGCUGGAAUGCCUCUGCACCCCGUCAGCCUCCCCCCAUGUCAUCUGCUAAGUCGACACUGUUGCACUUCCGAAACAAACAAAAACCUGAUCUAAUACAAAAGCCCUUAUUGUGACAUUAAAUAUCAAAACAAUAAAGACCAAAUAAAAAAAUAAAAAAA